ACGAAUGCUACUAAUUGCUAAACCCCUCCUAUAAUCCCUCAAAUGGUUAUGGUAAAAACGAAAAAGAAAUUUCCUCCUCGUUCUCCUCCGUUCUUUUUCUCUGCAAAUGUAAUGGAGCUUCCCUUGAGAAGAAGCAACGCAAAGAUAGUCCUACUAGUCACCGUAGCCCUCCUCCUGCUCACAAUCGUCAUCCCCAUUUAUUACCCUCUGUUAGGCUACCCUGUAUAUUUGUUGAAGCAUUAUUCUACCAAGUCCUCAUCAGGGUCAUCAUCAUCAUCAUCAUCAUCAUCCUUAUCAGCUGUAGAUGUGCAGGCGCCGGUGUCGGCGCCGCCACCGAGAAAAGCUGAUGAGGACGACGAUGACGAUGAGGACGGGAUCAAGUUUUGUGAUUUAUUUUCCGGGGAGUGGGUGCCUAACCCAAAGGCUCCGUAUUACACCAAUAGCACAUGCUCUGCCAUCUACGAGCGCCAGGACUGUAUGAAGCAUGGGAGACCUGAUACUGGGUACAUGAAAUGGAGGUGGAAACCUGACGGGUGUGACCUGCCAAUCUUCAAUCCGGUUCAGUUCCUGGAAAUCGUCAGAGGGAAAUCGAUGGCCUUCAUCGGAGAUUCUCUUUCCGGCAACCAAAUUCAGUCCUUGAUUUGCCUCAUUUCCAGGGUGGACUAUCCUAUAUCUGUAUCCACACCAGAUGAGAAUUUCAAGCUAUGGAACUGCACGUACUACAAUUUCACCUUCGCGUUAUUGUGGACACCGCACCUGGUCAAGGCCAUACAAGCCGACCCUAAUGGCCCCACCGGCUCUGGCCUCUUCAACCUCUAUCUAGACGAGUCCGACCAACGAUGGACUACCCAUAUUCAAGAAUUUGACUACAUCGUCAUCUCUGCUGCUCACUGGUUUUACCGGCCUUCUGUCUUCUAUGAGAACAACCAGAUUACCGGCUGCCACUAUUGCCUUCUCAACAACGUCUCCGACUUAACAGAGAGAUACGGCUACCGGAAGGCCAUCAGGACGGCUUUUAGGGCAAUCAAUGAAUGUAAAAAUUUCAAGGGCGUAACGUUCCUCAGAACCAUAUCUCCACCCCACUUUGAAAACGGGCCAUGGAACCAAGGUGGGAAUUGUGUGAGAACCAAGCCGUUUAAGAGGAAGGAGACGCCGGCUUUGGAAGAGGGACAUCUAGAAAUUUACAAGAUUCAGCUGGAAGAGUUUAGAGCCGCUAAAAAGGAGGGGAAGAAGAAGGGGAAGAAAUUCAGGCUGAUGGACACGAUGAAAGCAAUGCUGAUGCGGGCAGACGGUCACCCUAGUAGGUAUGGCCAUUUUGCGCAAGAGAAUGUGACUGCUAAUGACUGCCUGCAUUGGUGCGUGCCAGGACCAAUCGACGCUUGGAACGAUUUCUUGCUUGAGAUGUUGAAGAUGGAGGAAGUGAGAUCGUAUGCAGAAAAAGUUUUUUCAAGUGACAACAAAAUGUGAUUUCAGAAAUUUUUUGAUUUUUGCAUUAAAGUGGCUCUUUGUUGUUAAGUACUGUGUUGUAAGUUUAAUAUAUUUACAGCCUGCUUAUAUACUUAAAAAACCAAGAAGAAAAUAUUGCUAAAACCCGAUACUGAGAUUAAUACAGAAAAGUGGAACUG